UUAAGUAAUUGUUUGUUGAUGAAGAUGUCUGAGGUUAUGAGUGUCUCCACGACGAUUGCCCCGAGCCACCCAAGAGUCAGUGAACGAUCAAGUGCAAAUAACUCCUCCAGAAUUGCAAUGCAACCCCAUCACGAUUGACAAAAGGCCAUUUUUUUUCGUAUUAAAGCCGAAAAUUUGUCAUGUGUGUAUAUGUGUGUGUGAAUUUUUUUUUUUUCAUUUCGCACAUGUGGAGGACGAUUUUGGUGAGUUUGUCAGCCGUGUGAGGGAGUGAGAUACCCAGUCAUCGAACAAAUGAGACAAUAAGUUAAUUAACAAGACAGUCAAACUCGUCCAUCAAGAACUAAUUAAAAAAUCCGUUGGAUUUGUCCUGAAAUUUCUGAUUUACCUUCGACUUAAUUUUUCCCAUCGAAUUUCAACGGUUCUGCUCUGUCCCAACACCAACGAGAGAUUCUCCCACCAUGUGUCUGUGUGCAACAUCUGCAUUAAAAUCAUCGAGUGAAGACACAAUGGCUGCAAUGGCUGAACAGGCGUCGAAACUCCUGGAUUUCAAUCAGAAGUUGGAUAUAACACUUUUAGACAGCAUUGUGGGAUGCAUGUACACGGGAAUGGGGGAUCAGCAAAGGGUUGCACAGGAGGUGCUCACCACUCUCAAGGAGCAUCCCGAUGCCUGGACGCGGGUGGAUACUAUUUUAGAAUAUUCACAGAAUCAACAAACAAAAUAUUAUGCACUACAAAUACUGGAGCAAGUGAUAAAGACGAGAUGGAAAGUUCUCCCCAGAAAUCAAUGUGAGGGGAUUAAAAAGUAUAUCGUAGGCCUCAUUAUCAAGACCAGUAGUGAUCCAGAAACCAUGGAGAAUUCCAAGGUUUAUCUGAAUAAGUUGAACGUGAUUUUAGUCCAGGUAUUAAAACGCGAAUGGCCGAAGAAUUGGGAGUCCUUCAUCGGCGACAUCGUGGGUGCGAGUAAAACCAACGAGAGCCUCUGUCAGAACAACAUGGUCAUUCUAAGGCUUCUCUCCGAGGAAGUUUUCGACUUCUGCAGUGGACAAAUGACACAGACCAAGGCCAAGCACCUCAAGGACACAAUGUGCAGUGAAUUCUCCCAGAUAUUUCAAUUAUGCCAGUUUGUCAUGGAAAAUUCACCAAAUGUACCACUCGUGACUGUCACCCUGGACACAUUACUCAGGUUUUUAAACUGGAUUCCAUUGGGUUAUAUUUUUGAAACAAAGCUGAUCACUACGUUAAUAUUCAAGUUCUUAAAUGUCCCGAUCUUCAGAAACGUCACCCUGAAAUGUCUAACCGAGAUAGCAACAGUGACAGCAACAAACUAUGAUGACAUGUUCAUUCUCCUCUUCGCGAAUACAAUGCAGCAACUUGAGCAGAUGCUCCCCCACGACACUAACAUCCGCGAUGCUUAUGCCUUCGGCCAGGACGAGGAGCAGAAUUUCAUCCAAAAUCUAGCCAUGUUCCUCUGUACUUACUUGAAAGAGCACGGUCAACUAGUGGAGAAGAAUCAGUUGCAUGAGCCCCUCCUGAAAGCCCUCUACUAUCUCGUCCAUAUAUCCGAAGUGGAGGAGGUGGAGAUAUUCAAGAUCUGUUUGGAAUAUUGGAACGGACUGUCAGCUGAUCUCUACAAGGAAAAUCCCUUCGUGGCACCGUCGUCGAUAUACAUGUCGAAACACAACAUACCAAUACCACCAAGAAGAGCCUUCUACUGUCCAGUUCUUACGAAGGUCCGUUACAUCAUGAUAUCAAGAAUGGCUAAGCCCGAGGAGGUACUCGUCGUGGAAAAUGAAAAUGGUGAAGUUGUUCGUGAAUUCAUGAAGGACACUGACUCCAUUAAUCUCUACAAGAACAUGCGUGAGACUCUGGUUUAUCUAACCCACUUGGAUUACGGAGAUACGGAAAAAGUCAUGACAGAGAAGCUACAGAACCAGGUGAAUGGCUCCGAAUGGUCCUGGAAGAAUCUCAACACCCUCUGCUGGGCGAUAGGCUCAAUCUCCGGUGCAAUGCACGAGGAGGACGAGAAGCGUUUUCUGGUGACGGUGAUAAAAGAACUGCUGGGUCUCUGCGAGCAGAAAAAGGGUAAAGACAAUAAGGCAAUAGUAGCAUCGAACAUAAUGUACGUUGUGGGCCAGUAUCCAAGAUUCCUCAGGGCCCAUUGGAAAUUCCUCAAGACAGUGGUGAAUAAACUCUUUGAAUUCAUGCAUGAGACUCACGACGGUGUCCAGGAUAUGGCCUGCGACACAUUCAUCAAGAUAGCCCUUAAGUGCAGACGCCAUUUUGUACAGGCACAAGUGGGUGAAUCGGUGCCGUUUAUCGAGGAGAUACUCUCCACAGUGAGUAGCAUUAUUUGUGAUCUACAGAUUCAACAAGUACAUACAUUUUACGAAGCUGUUGGCUACAUGAUAAGCGCCCAGGUUGACGAUCUUACUCAGAAAGACAGGAUUGAACGUUACAUGUUGCUACCAAAUCGUGUAUGGGACGACAUUAUCAGUCAAGCAUCGAAGAAUGUUGAUGUACUGAAGGAUCAGGAUGCUGUCAAACAACUUGCCAGCAUUCUCAAGACGAAUGUUAGAGCGUGUAAAGCCCUUGGUCAUCCCUAUGUUAUGCAGUUAGGUAGAAUAUAUUUAGACAUGUUAAACGUAUACAAAGUUAUGAGUGAAAACAUUAGUGCUGCUAUUAAUACAAAUGGUGAAAUUGUUAUGAAACAACCCCUGAUAAAGAGUAUGAGAGUCGUUAAGAAGGAGACAUUGAAGUUGAUAUCAGAUUGGGUCAGCAGAUCCAACGAUCAUCAAAUGGUCCUGGAGAAUUUUAUACCACCUCUACUCGAUGCUGUAUUAUUUGAUUAUCAGAGGACAGAUGUCCCCUGCGCUAGAGAGCCUGAGGUGCUCAGUGCAAUGGCGACAAUUGUUAAUAAACUCGAGGGACAUAUCACCAGUGAAGUGCCCAAGAUAUUUGAUGCUGUCUUUGAGUGCACGCUGGAGAUGAUAAACAAGGACUUUGAGGAAUUCCCAGAGCACAGGACUAACUUUUUUCUACUACUCCAGGCUGUCAAUGUCCAUUGUUUUCCAGCAUUUUUGUCUAUUCCACCGGCACAAUUUAAACUCGUGCUUGAUUCCAUUAUAUGGGCAUUCAAGCACACCAUGAGAAAUGUAGCCGAUACUGGAUUGCAGAUACUUUAUCAGUUGCUACAGAAUAUUGAACAGCAUGAGCAGGCUGCACAGAGCUUCUAUCAAACGUAUUUCACGGAUAUUCUUCAGCAUAUAUUUAGCGUUGUCACGGAUACCUCUCACACUGCUGGCUUGACAAUGCAUGCCACUAUUCUUGCGUAUAUGUUCACACUGGUGGAAUUGGGGAGGAUCCUGGUGCCACUUGGACCCGCUCCUGAUAACAAGAUCUAUAUGCAGGAAUUUGUUGCUAGACUAUUUAAGGCUGCAUUCCCACAUCUCACUGAUAAUCAGAUUAAGAUCACAGUCCAGGGACUUUUCAAUUUGGAUCAGGAUAUUCCGGCUUUCAAGGAACAUCUCAGGGAUUUUCUAGUGCAAAUCAGGGAGUACACAGGUGAAGAUGAUUCGGAUCUCUACCUGGAGGAACGAGAGACAGCCCUUCGACUCGCCCAGGAAGAAAAAAGAAGACAACAAAUGGCUGUACCAGGCAUUAUCAAUCCCCACGAAAUGCCGGAGGAGAUGCAGGACUGAAUCAUUCACACAUACCCUCUCUCGUACCUCAAUUCGAACUUCAUCCCCUUGUUCCCCUUUACUACCACAGGCCGUCAUCAAGUUUACACUAGUUCACAUCUUCAGAAUGGAAAAUGAAAACUGGGAAGAGGAAAACAUAAACAAUGGCAGACAUUUUCCGUUGGUAUCGACCCACUCCCUCGUCUUUACGAAGUGAAUGGGGCAUGAAAUCAAUGGCUGAAUGAAUUCCAAAUUGCGAAUUAAAUUAGUUUUAACAAAUGUGAAAUCCAUUUUUUUUUUCAUUGAGGAGGUAAGCCCUUUUCCCUCUUUUUGUGGAUAAUUUUCUUAUUUUUUCAUCAAUAUAUUUCCUUUGUCUAUCGAUAAAAUGUUUUUUUUUUUGUCGUUGGAUGCUACGAAAUGCUGAUAUUAGUGGGGAAAAUGGUUCUUGUGAGUCGUAAUGACUAUAUUUCACGGUGAAAAUUAGUCUGAAUGGAUUCAUGAAGAUUAUGGUCUACUGCCAGUGAGAGACGAGGCGUUAUUUUCAUGGUGGAAGUGGAGCAUUAAUUAGUAAUAGUGUGAGGCAGAAUUUUUGUACUUUGUAAGAUGGAUCAAUGAAAUGGAGAUACAUAAUACUUGUAAUAAUUGUCCCAGUAAUGAGGUCUAAGAUGUUAAAUUUUUUUUUCCUUGGAAGUUGAUUAACGUUUGUAGUUUUUGAAGGUGAUUAAAUGAAAGUUUACCAUGAAUUUUGGCCUUUGAAUUGCGCGGGUUUUUGUAGCUGGCUAUUACUGGGUUAUUAGAUUGUUUUUGGAGUGAAGGAAUGUCAAAGAAUAUUUUUUAAAUUAUGAGUUUCAGCAUAAUUGCGAAUUUGGAACAAAUCAUUGAAAGUAAAAGAUGAAAGUCAUUAUGGGAUUGGGUUAAUUAUUUAAUUAUCUCGGUAAUGAGUAGAUUCAUAAGAAAAUUUCACAAAACAUUUUUCAGAGACAAUUGCCUAAGCUACAAAAACAUCCAGAUACAUUUUUUAUUAAAUCGAUUGGUUUGGCAGAUAAUGCAAUUUUUUAUCAAAAACAUUAGAGUAAAACAUUUUUUCACGUUCAUUAACUAUUAAAUUCUUCUAGUAAUGGAUAAUUUCCUAAAAAAAUCUCAAUAAACUCCCCUAUAAUGUA